ACACAGUCUGCGCGUGCGCGCGACGGGCGCGAUGGCUGCGCUCGCCGGGUUAGGGGUUCUCGGCGCCGGGCGCCAUCUGUGGAAACUGCCUGUGCGCCUGUCUGCGGGGCUCCAGGGCUGCGGGCCCCGGAGGGGCUACAUCGCGGGCAGCGCUGAGGUGAGGACGCAUGGGGUCUGCACUCGCAGGGCCUGCGGGCGGGAGGGCCGUGCGGGCCACUGAGCAUCCUGGCCUGGGGCCGCCCUCCCGGAGACCGUGGAGCCGCGGAACCCUUCGUCCUUCCCGAAGCGGUGUCCGGGUGCGCACCUUCCACCCGCUGGAAGAGUCCUUGUCCGGAGAAAAACCAACCCCAGGUCAGCCUCGGGUGGGUUCGCAGCUCCUUCCCGCGCGUCAGGAAUGUGCCUCAGCAGUUAAUUCGUUUCCACUUCUGCUCGAAGUAAGGGUUCGCGGAUUCUUAUUUCUAAAAAGCGUUCUCCCACCUUUGGCUUACUGUUCGACAUUGAUGGAGUGCUGGUUCGAGGCCACAGAGUGAUCCCAGCUGCUCUGGAAGCAUUCAGCAAGCUGGUAAACUCCCAGGGGCAGCUGAGGGUACCUGUGGUUUUUGUCACAAAUGCUGGGAACAUCUUGCAGCAUAACAAAGCCCAGGAACUGUCAGACCUGCUGAGGUGCAAGGUGGAUCCAGACCAAGUCAUUCUCUCUCACAGCCCCAUGAAGCUCUUCCUGCAGUACCACAGCAAACAGAUGCUAGUGUCGGGGCAGGGGCCCCUGGUGGAGAACGCCAGAGCACUAGGCUUCCAGAAUGUGGUGACAAUAGAUGAGCUGCGGUUAGCCUUCCCAGAGCUGGACAUGGUGGACCUUCAGCGGCGGCCGAAGACCAUGCGCCUGAGGAGUGACUUCCCUGCCAUUGAAGGGGUCCUCCUUCUUGGGGAGCCAGUCCGCUGGGAGACAAACCUGCAGCUGAUUAUGGAUGUCCUUCUUAGUAACGGCCACCCCGGAACUGGCCUGGCAACAGCUCCGUAUCCCCACCUGCCUGUUCUGGCUAGCAACAUGGACCUCCUGUGGAUGGCUGAAGCCAAGAUGCCCAGGUUUGGUCAUGGCACCUUUCUGCUUUGCCUGGAAACCAUCUACCGGAAAAUAACAGGCAAUGAGCUGAAAUACGAGGGUCUGAUGGGCAAACCCAGCAUCCUUACUUACCAGUAUGCAGAGGACGUGAUCAGGCAGCAGGCUGAGAGGCGGGGCUGGGCCGCCCCCAUCAGGAAGCUGUAUGCUAUAGGUGAUAACCCUAUGUCUGAUGUCUACGGUGCCAACCUAUUCCAUCAGUACCUGCAAAUGGCCAAUCGUGGAGAGGAGGAACAGCAGACUGGUGGGCAACAGAAGCAGCGGCCUUCAGCAACCCAGAGUUGUGCUUCCAUCCUGGUAUGCACUGGCAUAUACAGUUCUCAGGACCCAGGCUCCCAAGUGCCUCCUCCUGGAAGGAGAGAGCUUCCAUUCCACGGACACCGAGACUUCAGCUUCAGUCCAGGGCUCCUAGAAGCCUCCCACAUUGUUCAUGAUGUAAACGAAGCUGUGCAGCUGGUUUUCCACCAGGAGGGUUGGGCUUGAGGGGACGGAGAUGUAGCAGAGGCAGAGGGGGCUGUUGGAGCAUGCGCUCAGGGAAUCCUGUGUGCCCGGCUGUGGUCUGGGUCACAGGCAUCAAGUCCAAGCCUGGCUUCUUGCCAUUACUUCCUGGGACAGAGAAGACUGUAGCUUCAGUAGCUACAGAAAGCCCUUGGGGCAGCAUCUCAGGAGAAGGGAUGGAUUUCUGGGCCCUUCCUGUGCGUCUCUUGCAGUCUGACCUCAUGCUGGUCCCUUUACCUCUGUGCCUCAGUGUCAGGUCCUCUCAGUGAGGACCUUCUUUUUCCAGACAGCGUCUCACUAUUGUAGUUCCCGCUGUCCUGGAACUCACUAUGUAGCCCAGGUUGUCCUGAAACUCAGAUCUGCCUGCCUCUGCCUCCCCAGUGCUGGCAUCAAAGGUGGGUGCCAUCACACCUGCCUCAGUCAGGACUUUAAAAACCGCACAGUGCAACGUUAUGUGGAAACUUGUGGAGGGAGAGCCUUUGGUCACACUGAAGGAAGCGCUGUGCCAUGCCAGGGAGGGGUGUGGCUGGCACUCUCCAUAGUGUUUACUGUAUUUUAGAGUGCUGCCCAGAGACUUGGGGGCUUUUUUUUUUUUUUUUAAUUAAAAACUAUCCUAAUAUUUGUUACA